AUGAUUCAUUAUGAAAUAUUUUUUAAUCGUUGUCAUGAUUUUCUUUUCCUGUUAUUACAGAUAAUUACAGUAGCGGCAUUAACACUUCAUUACAUUCCUUGCUAUUGUCGAACAUUCUCAUCAAACUUAACUGCAAGUGGGUACGGUAACAACACAAGGAUUCAUCGACAGACGAAAGGAAUCGAGAGUAACUCCAUCCAGCGGAUAGUAGGAAAACAUUCUGAAAUCUCUCCAAAGUCUCCGAAUAGCUUCGUAAAGUCAACAAAAUUGAAACGAGUAUUUUUAUCAAAUCGCGAUAUUACUUGUAAUGAUGGAUCACAAGCUGGAUUUUAUUUACGAAAGUCACCAGGAUCAAGACGUUGGGUGGUGUUUUUUGAAGGUGGUUGGUAUUGCUAUGAUCAUAAAUCAUGUAAGACAAGAUGGACUAAAAUGAGACAUCUCAUGACAUCCACUACAUGGACAGAAACGAGAGAUGUUGGUGGUAUCUUAUCACCACUUGCUUCUGAAAAUCCUUACUGGUACAACGCCAAUCACGUCUUCGUGCCGUAUUGCAGUAGCGACUCAUGGAGUGGAUCACGCGCCAAACCUGAAUCACGCGAUAGUUUUAGAUUCAUGGGAUCACUGAUUGUCCGUCAAGUUAUAGCAGAUUUGAUUCCAUUAGGUUUGCGUCAUUCUCAAGGAACUGACUUAUUAAUGGCUGGAUCGUCUGCUGGAGGUCUUGGCGUUAUGCUCAAUCUUGAUAAAAUUCGAACAUUCUUGCAAGAUGAAAAAGGUUUGAAUGUUCAUGUUCGUGGUGUCAGCGAUUCAGGAUGGUUCUUAGAUCGCGAACCUUUCACUCCAGGCGCUGUUGCAGCAUCAGAAGUUGUUAGACAAGGUUGGAAACUAUGGAAUGGUGUUUUACCAGAAGCAUGUGCUGCUGAACAGAAAGAACCAUGGAGAUGUUAUUUUGGUCAUCGUCUUUACAACACUUUGAAAUCUCCAUUAUUCAUCUUUCAAUGGCUUUUUGAUGAAGCACAAAUGCGAGCUGAUAGUGUUGGUGCUCCAGUGACACCACAACAAUGGGAUUACAUUCAUGGAAUGGGAGGAGCAUUGAGAACAUCUCUUGAUAAUGUCACCGCUGUCUUUGCACCAGCAUGCAUCGGUCACUCAGUGUUGACAAAGAGAGAUUGGCAAAAUAUAAGAAUUGAUGAUGUUUCACUUACGGAUUCAUUGAGAUGCUGGGAGAAUUCAUUAGUAAAAGAUCGUAAAAUUAUUUUGAAACUUGCUGAUAACACAAAAUUGAAGAAACGAAAGAAGAAUCAUAACAAGCAAAGUGAUCAGCCACAAUUGACACAUAAAGAACGAGAGAAACGACGAAGAGAACGUAGACGUCAACAACGUAUGAAGUUGACACCAGAAGAACGUGAAAAGAAGCGUUUGGAAAGACGUGAACGUCGUCGUCAAGAACGUUUGCUUCAAAAAAUGGAAACGAAAAAUCAAACUCCACGCGCACAGCGCUCACCUCAGGAAAUUGAAAUCAAUAACAAAAAUUUAUUGCCAAAGAUAAUUGAAAAUGAGCCGGCUGUGAAGCAGCAGCAGAAGAAGCGUCGUCAACAAGCAAAUCAUCGCCGACGAAUGGAACGUUUGGAAGCGAGAAACGCAACACGACCACCAAAACAACAUAAGAGAAAUAAUCAACAGAAAAUGAACACAAAAAGUCCGAACAAGCGGAGACAUGGCGAGCAUAAUCGUCACAAAUUACUCAAGGCGCAAAAUCAAAUUUUUGACAUCAAAGAACCGAAAAAGUGUGGACUUCGAAUGCUUGAACGUUGCAGUUGGCCUCAAUGUAAUCAUUCUUGUCCAACUCUGACGAAUCCGCUAACAGGCGAAGAAAUGAAAUUUUUAGAACUUUUAACGUCCUUUGGACUCGACAUGGAUGCCGUUGCUCAAGCUUUGGGCGUUGAUAUGCAAACACUCAACAACAUGGAUCAUCGAGAGUUAAUUAAACUGUUCACCGAGUCUGCUAGUUAG